AUGGCUUUUGUGGUUUAUGUCUCAAAGGUAAAAGAUCAGAAAAGGUGUGAAUUUGGAAAGCAGCAGAGGAGUAUUUUUUUAGAAGGGGAUAACUUGUUUUUGGAGCAAACGUCUUGGGCUUUGCAGUGCUGAGUUCGAAUGCAGGUAGUGCUAAAGAAUUUGCUAAUUAGACUGCAGUAUUAACCGUACCUGGAAAUAAGCCCCAUUGUAUUCAAUAAGAAUGCCCCAUUGUGUUGAGUGGACAUGGUUAAGAAAGAAUGUGCUGCACCUCCAUGGUGCCUGAUGUGAGUUCUGUUCAAGAAACUUGGCUUGUGGAACUCUCACUGGCUCUCCAUAGUCGGAAGAAUAAUAGACACCAGGAGCUUUACGGACAGUUUUGUGAUACUUUUCCUUUUAAAGGUACGAAAGAGUGCCUGGCUCAAUAUGACUCUUGCAGGAUCCUUUGCUUGGCUUGGCAGGGAUAGUAUUUAAGCCUUUUGCAGCUCAGUGUGGCUGGGGAAAUUUCUGGGAGAGUGGCUGGAAGCUUUCCAAUAAUACAGGGUGAGUCUUAAAAGAGGCCCUGGUGGAACAUGUGUACUCUGUAUCCACAGGGCCUCUUUUAACAGAUUCACCCUUAUAAGAAGUUAUUACUUCCCAGUAGCUAUUUUAUGGAGAUGGGAAUUUAGUGGUGUGGAUAUGGUCCCUACACGGAAUUUGAGAAGAUAUCAGGCUUAAAUGUUUGGAUAUUGGUAGGUCAUGUGAGUUCAGUGGUUUUGAGAGUUUUUCUAAAAAGCUGGAGCAAAGUAUUUUGGGAGCAGCUCAUGCUAUUCCUAGAUGGAAGGAGGUGGGAAGAAACUGGAAUAUGACUGCAUGGUGGACAGAUGGAUGCAGUAGGGUAAUUUGGGAGCAUAAUGCAACUUCUGGGAAGGUUAGAUGUACCUUGGUAGGGGAAAAUUUAUUGGAGAACAAAUACUGUUAAGCUAUAAUUAAAAGGGUACUUAGGUGGGCUAAAAGAAAUAUGUGAAGGCAAUGUUGUGGAAACAUUUCAGUAGUUACACCAGUAGCAUUGAUAUAAAAAUGAAUGCUAUCUGGAGGAAUAUUCCAGCUUUGCUUAUUGAGAAUCAUACGUGCCCUUCUUAACUCUCAUCUCAUUUGUAAGCUACUUAUGCAGCCACACCAGUUUCCUUAGAUGCCUCCUACUUUUCUUUCUUGUUGUAAUUGUCUGUGUUUGGGGCUUCAAUAUUUCUCCUUUUAGAAACACUUAUCCAUCUUGGACUCCCUUCUCUGUAUUUUUGACCAUGGGAUCUCAUCCAGUAGCUUUUUCAGUUUUUCAAAAUUGGCCUUCUUAAAGUCCAGAGUGCAUGUCUGACUACACUCAACUUUUCCUUUCCUCUGUAUCAUGAAACCCAGAAAGAACUGAUCACUUCCUGCCAAGUUUCCCAGUACUUCCACUUUGUUGAUCAAUUCCUCCCUAUUAGUGAGGACAAGGUCUAGGAUAGAUGAUCCCCUUUUUCUUCCACCUUCCGGGAUAUGAAAUUGUCAGCAAGGCAGUGGAGAAAUUUGUCAUACCUUACAUUCUUGGCAGAGUUUGAGUUCCAGCAGAUAUCAAGGAAAUUGAAGUCUCCUAUAUCUCUACUUUUUUAGUGUUUGGUAAUCGCUCUAGGAAGGCAUCCUCCAAGUCUUUUGCCUGGCUUGGUGGUCUAUAGCAGACCCCACAGUAAGGUCACUGUUGUUUCUCUCGUCUACAAUUUUACCCAUAUACUCUCAGUCUGCUUUCCAUGAUCCAGAUUUCUUCACAAAUUUACACAUCCUAUACAUAUAAUGCUGCUACUCCUCCCUUCCUGUUUAGUCUAUUCCUUUUAAACAGGUCAAACCCCUCAAUUCCUGCAUUCCAGUCAUGGGUCUCAUCCCACCAGGUUUCAAUAAUGCCUACCAGGACAUAUUUGCCACUCUGAAUUAAAAGUUCCAAUUCAUCUUGCUUGUUUCCCAUAUUCUGUGUGGAUUUGUGUAGAGAAAACUGAAACCAUGAGCUGUUCCCUCCAGCUGCUUCCUCCUAGUAGUUUCCUACGAGAUGUCAGAAGCCAGUUAAAAAAUGACAUAAGCUAGUUACAAAAAACAAUCCAGCUUUGCUUUUGUUUACAGCCUUUAUGUUUUCUAAAAGUAUGUGUAAAAUAGUUUCCCUCAAAGUCCAGUGACCAACACAAUAACAGUGCAAUACUAUACUUUUACUUGGAAGUAUGUCCCACUGUGUUCAAUGGUUCUUACUCCAUGGGGGAUAGCAGUCCCAAACCCAGCUUGGCAACAGCGGAUUGUGACACAGUGGUGUAGCCACAGUCAUAUCCACAGCCCCAUUGCUCCCACUGGCUGGGACAGCUAAAGACCUGAUGCUGGCGUAACAAUCAGGUCCACAUCAGAGCCAAUGCCAUCAUAUGAUGCCAGUGAGGCCAGCCCAAGAUCCAGUCAAUCCUAGACUGAUUCAACCCCUCUAUGACCCGAAAGUGGCUCAUUUUGGAUUUUUUUGCAGGAAUUCCAAUGGUGGUUCUUUUGCCUACCUGCACUUCAGGCAGAAUGAAGACCACACCAGAAGAGUGACACCAGUGUCAUGUUGUGGAGGCCAGCAGAGCUGGUGUGGGCCGGCUGGAGGAAGACGUCUGCUCCAUCCAUGCCCCAUAACCCCCUAUUGUGGGGUUAGCUUGCAGGGUACAUGUGCCUAGAAUUGCACUGGUUGAUUCCUUGGAAAAGCUGAAGCUCAUUACAUUAGAUGGUUUAAAAACAGUGAGCAAGAGAGAACAGAACUUGAUAAAGUAGGGCUGAUAAUGUAGUAGAAAGAGUUGUGUAGAGGAAUAUUCUGAAAUAUUAUCGUAAAGAGUUCAUGUAAACUUUAACAGCAAUGAAUAAGAAAUUGAAAUUAUGUAUAAAAUUAUCCCCAGUUAUUUACCUUGGUCAAUAAAAGGACAAAAAUGUCCUGUUUUCUUUCUUGAGAGAUUACUACAGACUUGUAAAAAACUUGCUAUUUUUUCCAUUUCCAUUUAAGCAGUGAAGAUGAUUUGGAUCAACAAUGGAUAAAAAAGCACUCCCUCUUCCAUAUUGUUGUUCAAUAAAAUUCAGAAAUAAGAGUGCAUCUUGCGUAGGAGAAGAUCAGAUUCUGGAUAAUUGCAAACGUUAGAUCUUGGUUGUUUUCAGGUAGGAAGGCAUCUUGCUGUCAAGUUUCCUGUCAACUGAAGUGAACUGGAAUUGUUCAGAUAUAUUAUAAAUCUCAGCAGCAUUGCUGUUGGCAUGCAAAUGAUGAGAAAAGCUCUUUGUUUGCUUUUUAUAUCAACUGCUUUUAUAUAAUACUUGUCAUUGUUUGUGGAGGGGACAGAUUGAAGGGUCAGAGUGAGAACACCUUAUGAUGGAAAAACAAAGAAUGGCCAGAAUGAAAAUGUGUCAGACAAUCAAAACAACUUUACUUAACUAUUCCUAUUAGUUUCUACAGAGCACAAAGAGGCACCAUGCUUUUUGAAUCAAAUGGACAGCAAUAGCUUUUUCCAAAUUAUUCACAAAUGAACAACUCUAAUUAUACACAUAUCGUAAUGAGUUUUUCCAACCCUAGCUGUUUGACUUCCCUGGUAACCGCUGCAUUUUUAGAACACAAAAGCAGUGGAUUUUCAAUAAUGAUGCGGUAUUUAACUAUUUAGCCUGUCACAAUACAAGAGUGGGGCAUGGAAACAAGGUUGACAACUUUAUACUGAUUUUACCUUGUUUUUCUAUUUAUUGGUUUUUGUAUAUACUUAGAGAGUUUGUUGAUUCAGCAUUUUGUAAGCCAUUCUAAAUUAACAAAAUCAUUUUUUUUAAAUUAAAAAACACAGGAAGGGGCAAAAAACAAACCCAAUUGUGUUGCAGUGUCAAAAUGCCAUGGAAUGCAUCUAUUUCGGGACUCUGAUGGUAGCCUUUCCUUCAGACGAGGAUAAUGAGCUACUGACACAUAAUACAUUGCUUCUCUGGAGUUAGACCAUUAGCUUUGAGCUCAGUAUUGUCUACACAGGCUGGUAAUGCCCCUCUAAUGUUUCAGGCAAUGCCAGGGAUUGACUCUGAGACAUUCUGAAUGCAAAGCAUGUGCUUUACUGAGCUCCAGUCCUUUACCUGUUACAGGACUGUUGACAGCUAUGUACCACCAAGAUGGGAGUCUCUGGUGCUCUUGCACACAGUCCUCUGACGCGGGGCCUAGACUGUAUACUUCAGAUCAAGGGAUGUCCCACCAGAGCCAAGAAGAUGGCAGUCUAGCUAACAAGCAAGUAAUGGAGGAAAGAAGGCAUUCUGCCAAAAAAGUAGGACUCGAACCAAUGGCUUGCCAUGUUUAAGACUAAGUUUUUUAACCAAAAAAAUAGGUUUAAAAUUGGGGCUCGUCUUAUACACGGGUAGUGCUGAGGGGGUGUUUUCUUAAUUUGGAGUCCCCAAAAAUGGGGGAAAUCUUAUACAUGGGGGCGUCUUAUACACGGAAAAAUACAGUAUUUUGUUGCUGUCCAGAAACACUCCCAAUGAGCCAUGUGGGGCAGAUUUCAAACUGACUGUUUAGUAGAAAUAAGACCUAUAGGGGAGGAAGAAUUCAGUAUCCUACAAAAACAGCUGGUGGGUGUAACAAUUCUUCCAGUGCCACAGGGCCUGAUGCCCUUGGGGCGUUUUCCAGAAAGCUCCUUCUUUUGUGCUCUGCCUAGAAGCCCAACUCAAUAGUCUGGUUUUCCUCUAGGCUCUUUCACAGCACCUUUCCUUUUUAAGUCUGCUUUCAAAGAGAAAUUUGUUUGCUAUUUCAUCCAGUGUUCUUCCAAAAGCCAGCUGGCGCUGAAUGCUAAAUGGCAAAGGAACAAAGGCACAACUUCCAAAAGUAUUUGGAAAUGUUCUGGGAGCUGCUGAAGCUGUUCUUUAUAGCUUUUUAUCCGGAGGCCUGUUGGCUGUUGCUAGAUGGUCAUGUCCUUCAUGAAAAAGAUUCUCACAAAGCCUGCAGAUCUUUAUUUUUAACGCCUACCCAAACAAUUAUUUAAGUCCAUUAGCAGUAGUAUUUGGCUUAACCUACAAUUCCUCAGCCACAUAGUUGUAAUAUACUCUUUAUCAUUUAUAUAGUGUUGUAAUUGGAAUGUGGCAAGGAGAUGUACAUAAAAGGCAUAUGAUAACACCCCAAAUCAUUGUAAACAACCAAAGCAGCCUAUGAUACUACAGUCCUCCUGCUUUUAUAAAAUAAAGACUGAUAGCCAACUAAGUCACGUUCUGAGUAGACCCAUUAAAAUCAAUGGACAAAUUACUUGAGUCCAUUGAUUUCAAAAGGUCUAUCUACUCUGAGUAUGACUAGCAUUUGAUAUCACCCCAACACCCCAAAAUAGUUUGCCUUAUUUUAACUACAUUGCUAGUUAAUCUCAGGCUUUGUAAACAGGUCAGUAGGAAAAGACGGGGGCUCUCAAUCUCACCUCCUUUUCUCUCAAACACACUUUAAAGCAAACAACUCGUAAAACGAGAUACAGAUCUGCAAGUAGCAAAAGUAACUGUUCUCUCAGUUAAAACAAGCUAGCCAAAAGGUUUCACAAUGCUUCAGUAAAGAAAACAAGGAUGAUGUAACAACCUUUUCUACCCAGCUAGGCCUUGUUAUUUGCAAAUUAACAGAUAGGUAUUUAACAGAUGGGUAUUUAAUUAAUAUGGAGAUACAUUUAGUAUUUUUCAGCACCUGGAUAUAUUCAUUUUUUAUUUUUGAAAUUUAUAUAUAAUAUUUCUGCUUGAUAGGGGCUCCCUGUGUAGUUCAUGGUUUAAACUAAAUAUAGUAUUAAAAGCCAGGUUCAACAAUAAAAUCUGUUAAAGAUAGGGAUUGCUUGCUAUAGUUAAGGGAUUAGAGUUUUAGAACAGUUUUCUUCAAAAUCAUUUUUGGAACAGGAAACAUGUUUCCAUUUAUUAGCCAAUCUACUCACUUCUUGUAUUCAUCCGUUAGAUUUAUACAUUUCAGGACUCUGUAGUGAAUUAUUUCACUUGUGAUUGGUAUAUUUACAUAUUCUUGCAUAGUCUUGCAUAAUAGGCUCUAGAACAAAUUACACAUGUAAUAACAAGAAAAUUAAAAAUAAGAAGAUUUAAGCUUUCUGGCAAAUGGGCUCAAAACGGUUAUACAUUUAGGCUCUUGUUUAGUUGAGAAAACUGAACAGCUGAGCAAUUGUGAAUAGAACAAUACACAGCUGAAUGAGAAGGGGUAAGGGCAUAGGAAAAUCACCAUGAGAAAGCAUUAUUUUGCAGCAAAAGAAAAGCAUUGUUUUUAUAUUAUUGUUUCCAACAGUUUAAUUAAUUAUUUUGGUGUGUUUUUUUUCAAGACUACACAUGGAAGCACCCCCUCCUCCCCACUGAUCAACCCAAAUGAAAGAUUGUGGAAGGGCCAUAUGUUCUACAUGCUAAGGUAAACACUCCAAACAUCUCCCCCUGCAAAGAAGCAAUAACUAUGCUCUGGACUGACCCAGUCAACCCCCUCCAGCAAGUUUUUAUCAGCCUUGAUGAGCAGGCAUCCAGAGGGCAUAUGGUUGGGCAAUAACCUCCAAGCAACCACAGUUCAGCAUGAAGGCAAGUGAUUAUGUCCUCAAGAUUCUGAGGGUUCCGACACUUCUGGCCAAAUAUCAAUAGCUUCAGUAGAGGGUGCAGAGGUGACAAAGCCUUCUUUGCUGCUGUCAGUGCUACAAGAUAGGCAUGAUUACUGUAAGUGCUGGCAGCCAUGUUUGGUCAUCACUAUGAGACUUCCACUAUUUGUGCUGCCGUUGCUGUUGUACCAGCUUCAUAGUCUAAAGUUGCCAGAGAACUCAACAUGCCAUGUUGGACUCAGCAUUGGAGAAGGUCUCUUCUUGGUGAUUCCAUAGCAGGGGCGCCAUAUAGAGGAGUCAAUGGUCCCCUAAAAUUUUCAAGGAGGGGAUCCGGACCCCCUCAAUAUUCCACAAUCUGUGGUGGGCCUCCCUGGGCGUCCCCGCGGCUGUGGUGGGCCCCAGGGGGCCUACCCACGGUGGGCCUCCCAGCCUCCGCCUGAUGCGUGAUGUCGCACGUGCGCUGGGCUCCCCCACAGUUGGGUGGAACCUAGCGCCUGCGUUCCAUAGUGACAUCAGGUUCUCAGCAGAAGCACUGACCAUGACAAACAUUCCCCCCGAGCAUGCAGGAAUCCUUCCUUUUCCAUUAGUCCCUUGGGGUAGACCAUCCUGACGUAGGCAGGCCUGUACCUCUGCAGGUAGAAUCUGCUGUUGUCAUUCUAACCAGUAAACAACCAAAUCAAAGGCAUCUCUGGCUAGAUGUAUUGGGCCUAUAAUGUGUUUGGACAGCUCCAUUAAAUCCUAAGCAAGCCUAUUUGCAGUAGCAACCUGGCAUCCCCCUCAGCAGUUAUGGAUGGUCCAUACAAUUUGUUUAUAUGUUUAGUAUAAUAUGUAUAUUUUGAUACUAAGGAGGCUUCAUAAAGUGUUUUUUGUCUUAUGUCUUAAUGCCUUUGAAGAAGAGAAGAUGCCAAAAUGCACCAGGGUGACUAUUUUGUGAAAUAAAAUUUGUUUUAAGCAUAAUUUAAAGGGUUCGGUUUCUCUUCUUUUUGACUUCCAGGUUCUCUAAUGAACACAUGUUAAUUGUAUGAGAUGUGUUCCACAUGACUUCUAGGGAAUAGAGUUGUAUGUAACAUGGCAGGUUUAAAAACAAAAGCAAAUAAUUAUUACCAUAAGGAUAGAACACUAUCUCCAAUAUUUUUAUUGGCCCCUUGCCUGCUCUGGGAGUAAUUAAUCUCUUGUCAGGACUCGAGCUUGCAGUGAUUCCACAUUUUUAAUAAUAUACGGUAUUUAUUUACAUAUUUAGAUACUAUUUUUCAAUAUGAGUCUUUAUAAUACAAUUUACAAUAUCUUAAUAUGUACAGAUAUGAUUUAAAAUAAUAGUUAUUAUUAAACAAUUUAAUAAAAGCUAUAUAUAUAAUUGCAUCUUUAUUUGAAGUAACGCACAUCACCAUAUAGGGAGGGCGCUCACCGCAGAACCAUUGGGUGGCAUGAAAUGUUAUUCCUACUCAAAGUAGUCUACUCUGAGGGUAUCUAGUGUUGGAUUUCACCUGUUCAAUUAAAUCUAAAAUUAUCUAACUGCAGCAAUGCGCAUUUUAAAGAUGUGUGUCUUCUGUCAUUUUAUCAUCUGCUUCCCGAAGUGUCUUUUCAGAAGACCACUGGGUAAAACAGACAGGAUGCCACUGCUUAUCUGA